AAAGAUCAGCAUCAAUUCAGUAUGCGUCCUCUUACUCCAGAACAAGUCAAAAUCAUUAAGGCUUUCGUGCCUAUCUUAAAGGAACAUGGCGAUACUGUUACAUCUCUUUUCUACAAGACGCUCCACGAGGAAUAUCCCUUUCUACAUAAUGUCUUCAACCAGACGAACCAAGCCAACAAUCAUCAAGCGAAGGCUUUAGCAGCAUCCCUAUACGCAUAUGCCUCUCAUAUCGACGACCUCGGAGCUUUGAGUCCUGCAGUGGAGAAGAUCUGCCACAAACACGCUUCGCUGUAUAUCAGACCCGAGCACUACAAACUAGUUGGCGAAGGCCUCAUUCGAGCAAUGGGCAGCAUUCUUGGCGAAACUUUCACCCCUGAGAUCAAAGACGCCUGGGAAGCCGCAUACUGGCAGCUUGCGAACAUCCUCAUCGGACGCGAGAACCAACUCUACCAGGCUUCCCAAGGCUGGACAGAUUGGCGCGACUUCACCAUCUCAGACAAAGUCAGAGAAAGCGAAGAAAUCACUUCCCUCUACCUUAAACCCGUCGACGGCGAAACCCUUCCCGAAUACCUCCCGGGCCAAUACAUCUCCCUCCUCAGCCACGUCCCUACACUCGGCUACACGCAAAGCAGACAAUACACCCUCUCCUCCGCCCCUCGAACCAAUCAAUACCGAAUCUCCGUAAAACGCGAAGCAGGCCUCACUCCAGGCUGCAUUUCGAAUCUCCUGCACUCGGACACGAACAUCGGAGAUAUCAUCAAACUCUCCCAUCCAGCAGGCGACUUCUUCUACGACCCUCAAAACGACACCGAGGCCCCACUCGUUUUGUUAUCCGCUGGUGUAGGAAUCACACCUAUGGUCAGUAUUCUAAAUUCUGUGGUGGAACGCGGUUCGAAACAACCGAUUUCUUUCAUUCACGGCGCGAGGAAUUCUUCGGUGCGAGGUUUCGCUUCCCAGAUUCGGAAUUUCGCGGUGGAGAAUGAGAAUGUUCAAGUGACUUUCUUUUUGAAGAGUCUUGAGGAGGGGGAUGUGGUUGGUUGGGAUUAUACGCAUGUUGGGCGAUUGACAGUGCCGGAACUUGUUCGUACGCGGAAGAGGGAUUUGUGGCUUGAGGAUGAGAGGACGAUGUAUUUUGUUUGUGGGCCGGAGGGGUUUAUGGCUGAUGUGGCGCGGGAGUUGAAGGGACUUGGUGUUGACAAUAGCAGGAUUAGGCUCGAGGUUUUUGGGACAGGGGAGAUUCCGACUGAGGUUGAAGCUAAUGGGGUUGCGCACUGAAAUGGUGAUUGAGCUUUUGGCUUAGCACGUCCUGUAGAUCCGAGCACACUGGUCUUCGGGAAGGGCGGGUGGGGUAAGGAAUUGUGUUCAGCACUUGGCAUAGAUGGCUUCACCACUCCAUGUAUUGUAGAAAGGGUCUGAUCUUUGACGAAGGGCUUUGAGGAAAGGCUUUGAAUGACACUGCUGAGCAUAGGUUUGUGACCGGCGGUUCCGUUUAGCGCUCCAGUCACCUUGCUGCUAUCAAAGCUCUGUACUCAUCACCUUGCCCUUUCGCCUUGCGAAACCACAAUGACCUGCCGUGCGGCCACGGUGUGCAAAAGAUUUUGCCAUCAUAUCACGUCCGCAAGACUGUCAGGAGCACCACCCAAACAUCUGAACGCAGUCACCCAAUCAUAACACGACGUAUCUCAUG